AUGCAGAUCAAAUCUUCACGCUUGAUAAUCGACAAAAUGCGUGAUCAACAGACAAGGGAUUGGUUUGGCAACGGAAAAUUAAAUUCAGGAAAGCUCGAGCUUGUUGCCGGCUGGUCGUCAGCAUUCGAAUUGCGGGAGGUCAUAAGCAUUCACAUCGGACAAGGGGGUGUACAAAUGGGUAAUGCAUGCUGGGAACUGUACUGUCUUGAGCAUGGCAUUCAACCAGAUGGCCACGUGCCGAGUGACAAAGUGCUUGGACAGUGUGACGACUCCUUCAGCACGUUCUUCAACGAGACUGGGGCCGGAAAACACGUACCGCGGGCUGUCAUGGUGGACUUGGAACCAAGCGUCGUUGAUGAAAUCCGGACUGGUACCUACCGCCAACUUUUCCAUCCUAAUGAGUUAGUAACUGGAAAGGAAGAUGCGGCUAACAAUUAUGCUCGUGGACAUUACACAAUAGGAAAGGAGAUGGUUGAGGCUAUUUUGGAAAGACUUCGAAAAUUAGCUGAUUGCUGUAGCGGCCUUCAGGGAUUCCUAAUUUUCCACUCAUUUGGAGGGGGAACUGGCUCUGGAUUUACUUCACUGCUCAUGGAACGGAUCAGUGUCGAGUACGGCAAGAAAUCCAAGCUUGAAUUUGCUAUCUAUCCAGCACCUCAAGUAUCAACGGCUGUGGUAGAGCCAUAUAACUGUAUCCUGUGUACUCAUGCUACUCUGGAGCAUUCCGAUUGUGCGUUUAUGGUUGACAAUGAGGCGAUAUAUGAUGUCUGCAGGCGAAACCUGGAUAUUGAGCGACCCACGUACACCAACCUAAAUCGCCUCGUCGCCCAAAUGGUCAGCUCAAUCACCGCAUCGCUGAGGUUCGACGGCGCACUCAAUGUUGACUUGACGGAGUUUCAAACUAACCUCGUUCCCUACCCCCGCAUUCACUUCCCUCUAGCCUCAUACGCCCCCACGGUAUCUGCAGAAAAGGCCUACCACGAGCAGCUGACUGUCAUUGAGAUUACCAAUGCCUGUUUUGACCCAGCUAAUCAAAUGGUCAAAUGUGACCCACGUCAUGGAAAGUAUAUGGCUUGCUGCAUGCUGUACCGAGGGGAUGUUGUUCCCAAAGACGUAAAUGCUGCAAUCGCCACAAUCAAGUCAAAGAGAGCCAUUCAGUUUGUUGACUGGUGCCCCACAGGCUUCAAGGUCGGCAUCAAUUACCAGCCACCGACUGUGGUGCCCGGAGGCGAUCUAGCAAAAGUUCAAAGAGCAGUCUGCAUGAUGAGCAAUACAACUGCCAUCGCGGAGGCCUGGGCUCGGCUUGAUCACAAAUUUGAUCUCAUGUACGCGAAACGUGCCUUCGUUCACUGGUAUGUUGGCGAGGGAAUGGAGGAAGGCGAAUUCUGUGAGGCCCGUGAAGACACAGCCGCGCUGGAGAGGGACUAUGAAGAACGUGAAAUUAUCAGCAUCCAUAUCGGUCAAGGCGGUGUGCAAAUGGGUAAUGCCUGUUGGGAGCUUUACUGUUUGGAGCAUGGCAUUCAGCCUGAUGGCCAGAUGCCAAGUGAAAUGAACCUCGGAGGAGGCGAUGACUCUUUUCAAACUUUUUUCAGUGAGACCGGAGCGGGAAAGCAUGUUCCACGAGCAGUUUUGGUUGACCUUGAACCAACUGUAGUCGGUAAAUCUAAUUGGUUGCCAUUUACUUUUUGUAAUUUAGAUGAGGUAAGAACAGGAACCUAUCGCCAGCUCUUCCACCCAGACCAAUUGGUUACUGGGAAGGAAGACGCUGCGAAUAACUAUGCUAGAGGCCAUUAUACAGUUGGGAAGGAAAUGGUCGACAUCAUUCUCGAUCGCGUUAGGAAGAUGGCAGAUUGCUGCACUGGCAUGCAAGGGUUCCUGGUCUUCCACUCUUUUGGUGGUGGUUCAGGCUCUGGCUUUACAUCUCUUCUUAUGGAACGACUCUCCGUCGAUUAUGGAAAGAAAUCAAAGCUUGAAUUUGCUAUCUACCCAGCUCCACAGAUUGCCACAGCCGUUGUAGAGCCAUACAACGCAAUUUUAUGCACGCACACGACUCUUGAACAUUCUGACUGCUGUUUUAUGGUCGAUAACGAAGCCAUCUACGACAUUUGCAGACGCAACUUGGACAUUGAAAGACCCACAUACACCAACCUCAAUCGCCUUAUAGCCCAAAUCGUCAGUUCAAUUACCGCAUCCCUUCGAUUCGAUGGGGCUCUAAACGUUGAUUUAACUGAGUUUCAAACAAAUUUGGUCCCUUAUCCUCGUAUUCAUUUCCCUCUGGCUACAUAUGCACCAACGGUCUCUGCAGAAAAGGCCUACCACGAACAACUCAGCGUACCUGAACUCACAAAUGCCUGCUUUGAGCCGGCCAAUCAGUUGGUCAAGUGUGACCCUCGACAUGGCAAGUACAUGGCUUGCUGCAUGCUGUAUCGUGGGGACGUGAUCCCAAAGGAUGUCAAUGCAUCAAUAGCUUGCAUUAAGACGAAGAGGACCAUCCAGUUUGUUGACUGGUGCCCAACCGGGUUCAAAGUCGGCAUCAAUUACCAACCGCCCACGGUGGUUCCAGGUGGUGAUCUUGCAAAGGUCCAGCGGGCCCUUUGCAUGAUCUCCAAUACAACGGCCAUAGCUGAAGCUUGGGCCCGAUUGGACCACAAAUUUGACCUAAUGUACGCUAAGAGGGCAUUCAUUCAUUGGUACGUAGGUGAAGGUAUGGAGGAAGGAGAAUUUUGUGAGGCUAGAGAAGAUACGGCAGCUCUUGAAAAGGAUUACGAAGAAGUCGGGCAAGAAACAAUGGAAGUUUCCCAAGAGGUACAGCACGGAAUUCAGCCCGAUGGACAGAUGCCAAGUGACAAGACAAUUGGAGGAGGCGACGAUUCCUUCCAAACAUUCUUCAGUGAAACCGGUGCAGGAAAACAUGUCCCUCGAGCUAUCUUCGUUGAUCUUGAACCGACUGUAGUAGACGAAGUACGAACAGGUACCUACCGUCAACUGUUCCACCCCGAUGAACUCAUCACUGGCAAAGAAGAUGCUGCAAAUAACUAUGCCCGCGGUCACUACACAGUCGGAAAGGAAAUCGUUGACCUGGUUCUUGAUCGUGCUCGAAAACUGGCUGAUCAGUGUACAGGUCUCCAGGGAUUCUUCGUGUUCCACUCAUUUGGUGGAGGUACUGGUUCCGGAUUCACAUCACUGCUUAUGGAACGCCUCAGCGUCGACUACGGU